ACCAAAACCAGAACGUAACAGAGGCAGACAGAAAGACUGUACAACACUAACAGGUUUUAUUAGCUGACCAACAGUUUGGACACAUAUAUGUGGUGACAAUGGCCUCAGAGGUUUUUUCGUAUGAGAGUUUGGUUCAUGCAAUGGCAGGAGCGGUGGGAAGUGUGACUGCCAUGACUGUAUUCUUCCCUCUUGAUACAGCCAGAUUGAGGCUUCAAGUGGAUGAAAAUAGGAAGGCCAAAUCCACUCCAGCCAUACUGGCCGACAUUGUCAAAGAAGAAGGACUACUGGCUCCCUACAGAGGCUGGUUCCCUGUCAUCUGCAGUCUGUGCUGCUCCAACUUUGUCUACUUCUACUGCUUCCACUACCUCAAAGCCAGCUGGUUGAGAGGAAAGCAGUCAGCACCUGGCACUGACUUAAUCAUAGGCAUUGCUGCAGGUGUUAUAAAUGUACUAGCUACAACCCCUUUGUGGGUGGUCAACACCAGGCUGAAGCUUCAGGGCUCCAAGUUUCAGAGUUCGGACAUCCAGCCCACCAACUACUCAGGCAUUCUGGAUGCAUUUGUGCAGAUCAUCCGUGGUGAAGGCGUUGGAGCCCUGUGGAACGGGACCUUCCCGUCCCUGCUGCUGGUUCUGAACCCUGCCAUCCAGUUCAUGAUUUACGAAGGCUUGAAGAGGCAGCUGAGGAGAGGAGUUCCCAGGGAGCUGUCAUCCCUCGAGGUCUUCAUGAUCGGCGCUGUCGCCAAAGCUGUCGCCACCACUGUUACAUACCCACUGCAGACCAUACAGUCCAUUCUUAGGUUUGGUCAGUUCAACGCAUCAACAGAAAAGUCAAAACUACUGUCCAGUAUAAGAACUAUCAAGUGUUUACUUGUUAACAGGGCGAGGAAGAAUGGCAUGUUGGGCCUGUUUAAAGGCCUGGAGGCCAAGCUACUGCAGACAGUGCUGACUGCUGCCCUCAUGUUCCUUCUCUAUGAGAAGAUUGCCAGCUGUACCUUCAGAGUCAUGGGGCUCAGCAACAGCCACCUGAAGAAACGCUAGAUAGUGAGCUACAAUCCUGGAUACUUGAGCUCAUAAAAGCUCUGAUGAAUGGUAAAUUAUCUGAUUACAAGCCACUGGAUAGAAGGUUUAACUUCCUAAAAACCUAUUAACUUCUUGAAAACACUGUCCCUUUAAAUGUGAAAUCUUGCAAAUAUUCCAUCCAAUAAAUAAUUUUAAACCUAAAAGUUUCUUGUUUGUUGUGCUGACUGCAAAUGUUUUUCUGGGGAAAAUGGGAAGAGGUGUGGUUAUGUUACAGAC